AUGCCGUUGGAUAGAUUAGGCAUUACUGUGGCUUUUCCUUGUGUUCUUUGUAAUAAGAACCUGGAGUCCUCCUCACAUCUGUUUCUCCAUUGUGAUUUUGCUUAUGAUUCUUGGAAUUGGCUGCUUAGUAAAUUGGGCUUAUCUGAUGUUAUAGGCAAGGACCUUGCCUCUCAUUUUCAUUCCCACCCUCUCAUGUUUUCUUCUUCUUUUUGUGCAUGUGUUUGGGUUAUCUCUCAAUCUAUUAUCAUUUGGAAUAUUUGGCUGGAACAGAAUAAAAUGAUUUUUAAGAAGGUUACUUCCUUAGUAUCAGAGGUUUUGCAUAAAAUAGGAGCCUCGAUUUCGGAGGUUGCUUUGUCUUAUAUCUAUAAGAACUUGGGAAGUCAAUCUUCUUUCUUGCAUUGGGAUAGUAGGAUUACCAGGGUUUGGGGAGCCCUCUCGACUUUACCUUCUCAUGGCUCAAUCUCCAAGAGUUAUAAUUCUCUUGCGAAGCGGGCACUGACCAAAUGGAAACCUUCGCCUUGGGGUCACUUUAAACUUAAUUUUGAUGGUGCCUCCCAGGGAAACCCUGGGAAGGCAGGGGUGGGGAUGGCUAUCUUUGAUCAUAAUGCGCAUCUCAUUCUUGCUAAAUGCCAUGAUCUUGGUUAUAUCACUAACAAUUUUGCUGAGUUUCAAGCUUUGUCUUUAGGGUUGGAUAUGACAAUUUCUCUAAAGAUCAAGAACAUAGUAAUUGAAGGUGAUUCAAUGGUUAUUAUUCAGAGUGUUAUGAAGAAUAAAUCUAAUUGUUGGAAGUUGCAGUAUUUGCUGGAUCAAAUUUUAUAG